AUGUCGCCUAUCAAGAAUUACUACACACUGGGCGUAGUCUUGUUCGCAGCUACUGGGACCUUUUUGUUUGUGCGUGGCAUUCCAAUCGCCCACGAAAGCUGGAAAGACUACAUGAAACACCCCAACAAUGGCCUCACGGGAGCCGUCGUUGGUGUCUACAUCUCGGGAGAAGCGGUGGGUUCGCUGCUGCAGAUCGCCCUGGGCGACCGUCUCGGGCGCCUCCGUUUCAUGUCGCUGAUGUGUGUCAUGGUGACCAUCGGAACCGUCAUCCAAACCGCGUCGGUCAGCAUAGCCAUGUUCCUUGCGGGGCGAGCCGUGGCCGGCAUGGCGGUGGGGUUAGUUUCCAUGCGACGAACAUCGUCACAACCCGACGUAACCUCGGAAAUAAAGCUUGACCGAGCCAACCAGUCUAGAGGCCAAUCACUGAUCUCGCUCAUAAACAGUGGCAUGGUCUCGACGGUCCCGAUAUACCUCUCCGAAAUCUCCCCGCCGCACCACCGCGGCCUCAUCGGGGGCACCGCAGGCUGCGGCAUCUCGGCGGGGACAAUGGCCUCAAACUGGGUGGGGUUUGGCGGCUCGUAUGCCCCAUACGGCGAAAUGCAGUGGCGGCUGCCGCUGGGGGUCCAGAUCCCCUGGGGUCUAGUCAUGAUGUGCGGCCUCCACACCUUCAUGCCCCAGUCGCCGAGGGAACUGAUUCGAAAGGGUAGAGUCGACGAGGCGAGGGCCGAGUUUAGCAAGAUCAGGCGGGAUCUAGGCGAGGACGAGUUUAUGCACGAGUUUGCGCUGAUGCGGGGGCAGAUCGAGUUCGAGAUGGAGAGGGAGAUCAAGAGCUAUGGGGAGAUCUUUCGCCUGUUCAGACAUCGUGCGCUUGUACGCAUGGGGUCGUCGCAAGUUAGUCAGCCUAUAGUCCCUCCUCCGGCCAACGAGCAGACACUGAUAAGGCACAGGAUGAUUCUCUGGGGUCUCUUUGGUGUCAUGAUCGUCGAGAUCUAUGCCGCCGUCAUGCAGCGCCAGUUCCAGAACACGGAUAACAAGGUCGGCAAGGGCUUCGCGGUGCUAGGAAUCUACCUUUUUGUGGUGAUAUUCUACGGCAUGCUCAACAGCACUACAUGGCUCUACGGCGCCGAAGUGCUGCCGAUGGCCCUGAGAAACAAGGUGAUGGGCCUGGCCGCCUUCUCCCACUUUGUAGUCAACGUUGCUGUCACGCAAGCCGGCCCGACCGCGUUUGCCAACAUCGGCGAAAACUACUAUUACGUGUUUGUUGGGUGCACAUUCUUCUUCCUCGUGGUUGGGUACUUUUAUUUCCCCGAGACGAAACAAAAGUCCCUCGAGGAGAUUGCGGCAGCCUUUGGAGACAAAUUCAUUGACUUGGCCGAGGUCGGUGUUCUCCAGCAGGAAAAGAUGGCUUCUGUUCAGACUGGAAGUGGGCAAGAUGUGGAAGGCCUGGUAAUUUGGUGGUCGAUUCAAGCAUCUGGGCCGAUGGACCCUUGGCGGGCGGCAAAACCACACUCGACCAGGAAUAUUGGCUGCAUCCGCGCCAGGAUCAGCACGCCCGCCAUGAUCUCGCACGUUGUCGCCACCCUUCUCGGCCUAGCCGUUACCGCGCAAGCAUGGCUGCCCGCCGAUCCCGCGCGCGCGCCGCUCGUCGCCCGCGACGGCACAACCCUCUUCAACAGCACCGCGGAUGCAGCCGAGGCAAGACGACACCCCAGGCGCUGGCUGCCCGGCGGCAGCGACAAGAUCCGCGGUGUCAACCUCGGGUCGCUGUUCGUCGCCGAGCCGUGGAUGAUGGCCGACACGUGGGAGCGCAAGCUCGGCUGCCCGCGGGAUUCUUCCGAGUUCGACUGCGUGCUGCAGAGGGGCCAGGGCGCCGCAGACGAGAAGUUCCAGCAGCACUGGGUGGACUGGAUCACGCAGUCCGACUUUGAUGAAAUGGUCUCAUACGGGAUCAACACGGUUCGCAUACCCGUUGGCUACUGGAUCAUGGAAAGCAUUGUGUACAAGGACUCGGAGUACUUUCCCAGGGGAGGGCUGGAUCACCUCAAGCGCAUCUGCGGGUACGCUAGCGAUCGGGGGAUGUACAUCAUCAUUGAUAUGCACGGCGCACCCGGAGCACAAAAGGCAAAGGACGCUUUUACGGGCCAGCUGGCGCCCACGCCAGGCUUCUAUCAGGACUACCAGUUCAAGCGCGGCAUUGAUUUCCUGGCUUGGCUGCGCGAGACAAUUUACAGAAACAACGAGUUCAGGAACGUUGGUAUGCUCGAGGUCGUCAACGAACCACUGCGGCAGUUUGAGGAUGGCGGAAAGACAGAUUACAUGCGGAGGGAGUUUUAUCCCAAGGCGUAUCAGGCAAUUCGCAACAAAGAAUCCAGCCUCGGCAUCACCCCCAACAACUACCUCCACAUCCAAUUUAUGAACAAGCUCUGGGACAGCGGCGACCCGCAGCAGUACCUGACCGACAACUACUUUGCCGCCUACGACGACCACCGCUACCUCAAGUACGCCCUGGGCGCAAGCCAGCAGGACCACGACUCGUAUCUCCGGGCGAGCUGCAGCGACGACCGGAGCGGCGACGCCGCGCACGGCUGGGACUGGCCCGUCGUGGUCGGCGAGUGGUCCCUCUCGGCGCCCUUCAUCAGCGGCCAGGACAGCUACGCGCUCGAGUGGAGCGACGGCUGGCACCCGGACAAGCAAAAGGCCUUUUACUCGCGGUGGUUCCGCGCGCAGGUGCUAAGCUACGAGAAGCACACGAUGGGAUGGGUCUUUUGGAGCUGGAAGACGGAGCUGCAGAACGGCGGCGUCAAGGACUACAGGUGGGGCUACAAGGAUGCCGUCGCUGCCGGUGUGAUCCCGAGAGACUUGAACAGCAUUGCAAACUCGGGGGCGUGCGACGGGUUCUGA